AUGCCCAAGGCUGAUAUCGACUACUCGCUCUACCUCGUCACCGGCCGCGAGCUGCUGCCUGAGGGCAAGGACUACUACGAGUCGCUGGAAGAGUCUCUCCAAGGAGGCGUGACUGUCGUCCAGGUCCGCGAGAAGGACAUCGACACUGGAGAGUUUGUCGAGAUCGCGCGCAGGACAAAGGAGAUUACGGACAAGUACAACGUCCCUCUCCUCAUCAACGACCGUAUCGAUGUCUACCUUGCCGUCCGCUGCGCGGGCAUCCACAUUGGCCAGAGCGACAUGCCUCUCGCUCAGGCGCGCGCCCUGGCCGGUGACGACGCUGUGAUCGGUAUCUCGGUCGGAAACAUCGACGAGGCACAGGCUGCUAUUGCUGGACACGCCGACUAUGUCGGUGUCGGCGCAGUGUGGCCUACGGGAAGCAAGGACGUGACCAAGAAGGUCAAGCUCGGCCCAGAUGGUGUUGGUCGUGUGCUCGACGUGUUGGCCGAGUCAAAGACCCCGGCGGUGGCCAUCGGCGGUAUCCACGCUCCCAACGUCCCCUUCCUCCUGCACGGCUCGAUCUCGCCCAACGCGCGCAACUCGCUGGACGGCAUUGCCGUCAUCUCUGCGGUUGUGGCUUCCAAAACCCCGCGUGAGGCCGCUGCCAACCUGCGUAACAUUGUCGACAGCUUCAAGCGCGUGCGGCGUAGCGCGCCUGCCGCUCCUGCGUUCGUCCUCGAAAGCUCGCCCGUUCGCUCGACCGAGGCGCUCGUCUCUGGCGUGGCAGCGCUCAUGGAGGUGAUUCAGCGCGAGGUCCCGCUUGUGCACCAGAUCACCAACAACGUUGUCAUCAACGACAGUGCCAAUGCCACCCUGGCCAUUGGUGCUUCCCCCAUCAUGGCCACCAACCCUCGCGACGUCGCCGAUCUGUCCCCUGCGAUUGGCGCGCUCCUCGUCAACUUUGGUACCAUCACAGACAAGGAGGGCAUGCUCGUCGCCGGCCGCCAGGCCAACGUCAACCGCAAGCCGCUCGUGUACGACCCCGUGGCUGUUGGUGCUACUUCCUUCAGGAGGGAGACUUCGAAGGAGCUGCUCGCGCACUGGCAACCGACCGUCAUCAAGGGCAACGCCGCUGAGAUUGGCGCCCUUGCGCAGCUCACCGAGGUCGAGUCCCGCGGCGUCGACAGUGUCGGCAAGGGCUUUGCCGACCCGGCCAACGUCGUGCGCACCUUGGCACGCAAGCGUGCCGCCAUUGUCGUCCUGACCGGAGAGGAAGACUACCUGUCCGACGGCGACGUCGUCCUGCGUACGUCCAACGGCCAUGCGCUGCUGGGCAAGAUUACAGGUUCGGGCUGCAUGACCGGAACGCUUGUGGCCUCGUUCUGUGCUGCUGCUCGCUUGCACCACCUUGCCGGCGGCAAGGGCAGUGUCUUUGAGAACGACUCGCAGCUCGUGCAGGGCGACAUGCUGCUGGGCGCACUUGCCGGCGUGCUCGUGUUCAACUGCGCCGCCGAGCGUGCUGCUGAGCGCGACGACGUCCGUGGUCCUGGCACCUUUAGGGCUGCGCUCAUUGACGAGCUGGCAAACAUGCCUGCCGCGGACCUCGUCAAGCGCGCAAAGGUCGAGAUUCUGUAG